UAGCCUGUCAGAAGUGUUAUCUUCAAUUCAGUACAGUUUCAGCAUGGAAUACACAUCAGAAUGCGCACAGAGAGGAGUCUAAAAUGUACAAUUAUUCCAAUGUGCUGUGUGUUCAUGUAAGUUUAAGCACCGCAAGACUUUAGUAAGGCAUAUGAGGAAACACAACGAGCCAAACACUAUUAAAUACCACUGUGAUAAAUGUAAAAGAGAAUUUAAGUAUAAAGCACAUUUGGAGAACCAUAUUAUAUCAGUACACUCUCAGAAUGGAUUUACAUGUGACUAUUGCAUGCAGAGUUUUAAUGACAAGGAAAGCUUGGAAAUUCAUAGAGAUAAACAUAAAACAGACAAACGGCAUCAGUGUGAAGUUUGCAAAAAGACUUUUUACAUGCUUUGUACUCUAAAAGAUCACAUGAGAACACACACGGGUGAGAAGCCAUUUUUGUGUUCUGUGUGUGGUAAAGGGUUCAGUCAGAAGACAAACUUGGCACAGCACAUGAGGAGACAUCAAGGGCUGAAGCCAUUUAAAUGUGAAACUUGUGAGAAAAGAUUUGUGUCUAAAGGCGAACUAGAAGCUCACAACCGCACACAUAGCGGCGCGCACCCAUUCGUGUGUGACGAGUGCGGCAAUGGCUUCACGACUUCUAGCUCUCUGGUCAAACACCGCCGGAUACACACGGGCGAGCGUCCAUACAUAUGCGACAUGUGUCCGAUGCGGUUCACAGCUUCAGGUACACUAAAGAACCAUCGCAGAACUCACACGGGAGAGCGGCCCUUCCAGUGCUCCUAUUGUGAGAAGGCUUUUGUGCAGCGGAACGAUCUUAUCUCCCACAUUCGCUGUCACACUGGCGAGCGUCUCGUAUGUUCGCUUUGUGGGCAGAGCUUCCGCAAAGCAUCUGGCUUGAAGGCGCACGGACGCGUCCACGGGACAACGUCGGGCUUACGACAAGAUCUGCGCCAGGACAUUCGCCAGGAAAUGAGACAGGAGUUGAUGCUGAAUGUGCAUUGUGAACCGACACAUUGAACUUUACUCGCCCUCUAUUACGUGGGACCUGAUAAUAUAGUUGGCAAAAUAUAGAUAUGAUGAUACCUCUGUUUGUCUCUUAAAUGGGAAAAAGGUGGGAAGUUUAAUUGUAUGAGAUGUUUUGAUUGAGAUGACUAUUUGCUCUCUGAGAAGUUAGAUACUUAACUCCUAAGGAAAUUGUCUGGAUGACUAAUUAUUGUUAUUCCGUUACUACUUCUGGGUGUGAUUUGUAUGUUCGAGCGUUGAUUUCCGAGCAAGAGUGGUCUACGUGUUUGUAGCUCACAUUACGAAGUAUACACAUUGAACUUAAAUUGAAAACUAUAGGUACAAUUAAUACCAUAUAUUUCAUUGUGGAAAA